AUGGCUAUCAUACAAAACCUAAGUUUUAGUAACCUUUCCCACCAUACACCAAGAUGUGACCUGCGAGCACAGCCUGUGUCAGUAUUCUUCUUAGAAGAAAAGGAUAUUCAAAUACUGAAGAAGAAUAUCUCCCAGCUGAUUUCCCGAGUAAUGACAGAGUUCUUCCCCUGGAUGAAGUUCGCAAAAGAAACGGCAAACAAACCAAUUCUAGGCGAGUUUGCUGAAUUUCCAGAGUUUAGAAGAAAAAAUCAAGUCAUUCCUCUCCCAGUGAUGUCGAAAAAUGAACAGAAAUAUUCAGAUGUGGUAGAAAUACUAGACUCCUAUGAAAAUCUUGUAAUAUCUGUUUGCAACCAGGCAAAUGUUGAAGCAAUGGAGGUGCACAUUGGUAGAGACCAACUCACUCGAGAAAGAUUUUCAGGAGCUAAGCGCUUAAGAGCAGCAGCACUUACUGAAAUGGAGAGAUUUCACCAUUUGACACCAAUUACAUUUGAGCUUUUCCAUUUACAGAUGUCUGUUCUCACUUUGUUUUAUCAACAACUUUAUAAUACAACAAACACAGAGCCCUUCACACUCCAUGCACAAAAGAUUCGUCUGCUUCGAACAGAUGCUGAUGGUAAUGACGUCAAAAACCAUUAUAAUCAUUGCAAAGAGCUGGCAGUAUCUUUUAUUAAAUCGUACAUAAUUGAGGCAGCAUGUGAGCAAUUUGGCAUUAAUGACUACAAUACUGUUCCUGAUAUUCAUCUGCCGAAUGAUGAUGACUCAGUCUCCUCUUGGCUAUUGGAAGUAGUUCAACCAGUUACAGAAAAAAUUCUCGAUGCUUGUAAACUUGAUAGUGACUUGGACCAUGGAUACUGUGACAAAGCAUCUGACUAUGCGAACCUUGUUCUACAACUAGGUGUUCUUUUCAUGGAAUUGAAUGAUGUGGUAAAAUACCCAGACAGAGAUAGAUUACUGGCAGUCCUGAAAAUACUUAUGGUCAUCUUAAAAGGACAUAACACCAUAUCGAAGUAUGCUCUUGAAAUUCUUCGUUUAUUGUGUCAGCAAUUUGCUUUGUUAAGUGAGAGUCAGGCAUAUUCUAGUUUGUAUGGAAUGUUUGUUAAUACUGGGGGGAAACUUGAUACAAACAGUCCAGCUGAUUUAGAAAUGGAACACCUGGUUAGAUUGACAAAAGGUCAUCUGAAAGCGAUGUGUUCUAACAAGUCCGAGUCUUCAGUGCGGAAACGAAGUUGUGCAUUUUAUGGUAUGAAGACAAUCUGUGACAACUUUGAUGAACAAACACAAGUUGUUCAUCGUGCUCAAAAGCACAAAGUGUUGUCAUCUGCUGAAGAUGAAAAGGCAAUUAUUAAAGACCUGAGAAAAGGGCAGGUAAUCCAGACUACAACAGCCUUUGAGCGCCACCCUUGGUAUCGCUCUGAAACUAUUGUAGUCUUUGACGAUGCUAUUACUAUAGAGGAGAAGCGCUCAAUGGUAGUGGCACUCAAAGAUGUUGAAGGCUCAGAUAAACCUCUAAAGCGAAUACAGCCAUUUCGACAUCCGACUACCAAGAAACUAAACAACUUUGUACUAAAAACACUAAGUGUGUUUUUCUUUAUUCUUGGCAUAUCGCAGGAUUUCUUAAAGAUUGAUCCCACAAUUGACGAAUAUGUGCUAGUGGAAGACAUAACUUCAGAUGCUUUCGAACGUCAACGUUACGAUGAUUUGCCGGUAACGUUAGAAUUGAAUGUCAAGCGCAGCGUGUCUUCCAACGUCAAACUGACAUUGAGCGAGAAUAAACGCCUGAAUUACAAUGCGCCGAUGUACGAGGUUAAGUCUUUCAAUGGUCAACAAUUUCUGAAGAAGCUGAAAACCGCCACAUUGAAGGACACGAAAUUCUACCACGACAAGGAGAAUGCUGGUUCGUUUGUGGUGUCGUGUCAACGUCGAAGCGACGGCGCAUGCGUGCGACGCUUGACUGGAAGUCUCGAACUUAACAACGUGGCUUACGAGAUCCGACCUGCCGAUGACACGCUUAGCACGAGAAUCCUCGACGAAUCGCCCCUCUCCCCUCACAUCAUGACACGUGUCAGCGAUGCGGCACGCGGACAGAGAGGGCUUAGCCAUGGUGGUGAUGACGAUGAAAGAAUACCCCCGGACCAAGAGGUCAAUCGCAAUUAUCUCCAAGUAUUAAAAGCUCUCAGAGGACGCAACGAUCCUGCCAAGCCUGUAAGGACGGUUGAUAUUGACGGCGACGUUUACCUUCCGAAGGAGCGCCUACCGGAUGCGUCGGAAAAAUCCGAUCAUUACCGGGUGAUCGAUGAUGAAAGAAUUCCUCCGAAUAUACCGGAUGAUAGACGGCAGCUGCCUAUGCCCAACGGCGAUGGCGUUCUGGUUGAAGUGAGAUUGGAUUCAAAUGACGAGAACAGAGACAAGGACAGCAAAGUAAACGACGAUGAAGGGGAGAGCAAAGAAAAAUACGAUAUCAGGGAAAGAAAAGAUAACGACGAUAAUAUCGAAAGCAAAGAUUAUGUCGAUGAUGCGGAAAGCAAACACAUUGGCGGUUAUGCGGAGAGAAAACCGAGCGACGAUAGUUGGGAAAGGAAAGAAAGUAACGAUGACAAUGGGGAGAGAGAGGAUGAAAGUGACGAAGACUACGACAAACAGAUCAAGAUAGAUUUUGCGAAUCUUAAAACGACCCUGAAGCGAUUACUUUCUGUGGCACCAGAAGAGAACUUAAGAACUGGAAGGCAAAAACGACAGGACAAAGUGUACGCAGUCGAGCUAGUGGUAGCGUUGGACCCAUCGGUGUGGAAAAACUUGCGAUAUGAAACCAUUGACGUUACAGAGCUGAACAUUUACGUUACGGUUACUGCCUUUCUGUUGUACAAGACUGUCGACUCCACCAAUCCGCUGCCGCCUUCAACGCAAAUUCUCACGGUUGACGACGAAGAACGCGUUGACGGCGACGUCUACAUAGAUGCUAUAGCGCCGUGGCUGAGUAAGCUGUCGGGUCUUCCAGACAAUGAUCACGUCAUGGUUUUUACUGAGUAUGACCUCUACAGUGGCAAUGUCAGUUUGAAUGGGGUGCUUGGCAUCGCCUGGGUAGGCAGCGCGUGCAAGUACUACCGGGUCUCCAUCAACGAGGACACUAGCAGCCUCUUUACCACCGUCUCGGUUGCCGCGCAUGAACUGGGACACAAUCUCGGUUCGCACCACGAUGGCAACAGUAAGUACGAACUUUCAGCCGGGUGCCCAGAUACCUCCAAGUUCAUCAUGGCACCAACAGUUCACCAGCUCAUCCGUAACGAUGCAUUUACACAGAAUCCUUGGCGCUUCUCAGCAUGCUCUGUCAAGCAGUUCAAAGCAUUUAUCCAGAGCCUUGAUAACAGCGGAAAUAACUGCUUGUUGGACAAAGGUGAUUACUACAACGGCGGCGAGUUUAACACCUUUGUUUCACGGUUGCCAGGGGAACAAUACUCCGCGGACGAACAGUGCAAGAAGGUCUUUGGCAAUAGUUCCAGACUUGGAUGUGGCUCAACGACCGCAUCCCCGGUCAUAUGUCAGCACAUGCUGUGCACCACCUCUACGACAUAUUGCUACUACAUGACCGCGGAUCAAGGCACCCAAUGUGAUGCCCCAGCCAUGAACAAGUGGUGUAUCGAUGGUGCCUGUGUCCAGCGAUCUUCUAAUACCAACGCGCCAACAACACAGCCAACAACGACAACCACAAGACCAACGACCACAACAACACGACCAAUCACCACAACAACACGACCAACAACCACAACAACACGACCAAUCACCACAACAACACGACGUACAACCACCACCACACGACCAAUCACCACAACAACACGACCAACUACCACCACAACACGACCAAUCACCACAACAACACGACCAACAACCACCACCACACGGCCAAUCACCACAACAACACGACCAAAAUCCUGUAUAGACGAAUCAUACGAUGGUGUAUCGUGCAAGACGCUUGGCGAGUUAUUAGAUGGAUUGCUCGGAUACAAGCCAAGUUACUGGUGCAGAUAUGACUUCCUGCAAGAUGUGUGCUGCGCCUAUUGCCGAGAUCAUGGGAUCAGCGUUCGAUAGAAACGCACGACGGACGAACAAUGGAAAUUGAAUCACACAAAACAAUCAAUAUAUGCGUUUUCCAAACAAUGACGUCUUAAUGAACACAGUUGCUUAGCACACAUGUUAUCUCCAGUCAUGUAUAUAUUAUAAGUGCAUAAAAUAUGUGUUAAGCUUCACAUAAUGUCUACCUUAUACUGACAACACGGUAAAGUAUCGCAUAUUAUUUUCUACGUUGGCUUCACUGUUGUCUAUAUAUAUUGUAGUUUAGCAUUGUAUUAUACAUUGUAUUUGUAUCAUGACUGAGCAGUACACAUUUUUCUUAUAAUACAAUUGAUCGAUGAUAUCUAUAUUUGUUUGUACAAAUUAACAUUUGCUUUUCUUGAAGAUCCUAUAGACAUUGAAAUGCAGAAAUUCAUAUAUAUUCUACACCAGUCAGAAAAAAAUAAGAAUAUUAAGACAAUACAUCUUGUUUAAUUCUUUUGCAGAAUGAGUGUGUGUUGUGUAUGUGUUUAACUAAUAUUCAACAUUCAUUACUGUAUAAUAGACUCGUAAGAAUCUGAAUAAACUUC